AUGUCGGAUAUUAACUCAAAUUCUUAUGACCCAUAUCAUCAUCCACAACAACACCAACAAGAAUCACAAUAUCAUCCACAACAACAACAACAACAACAACAACAACAACAACAACAACAGGAAUAUUAUAAUCAACAACAUCAACAAGAAUCACAAUAUCAACAACAGUCUCCACCACAACAACAAUAUGAUAACCAUCAACAUCAUCAACAAGAUUUAAAUCAAGCACAUAAUAGUGGACAUGGCCGUAGUCAUAACAGUGGACAUGGUCAUAGUCAUGGUAAUAAUUAUAGUGGAUUACCACACUUAAGAACACAAGUUGGACAUGCUCAACCUUAUUUUUCAUCUUAUAAUGAAUUAAAUAAUAGUGGUGAUAUUUCAAAUAGUAAUAAUAAUAAUAAUAAUAAUAAUCAAUAUAAUUAUAAUAACAAUAAUAAUAAUAAUAAUUAUAAUAAUAAUAUAAAUAAUAAUCAAUUUAAUAGUAGUGUAUAUAAUAAUAAUAAUAAUAAUAAUAAUAAUAAUAAUAAUGAAUUUAGUAUUGAUGGUAAAAGUGGUAUUACAAUUAAACAUUUAUUAAAUAAUUUAAAUAGAGAUAGCGAUGCUAAAAAAUUAGCAGCUUGGAUAAGUGUAAUGUUAGUAUUUACAAUCUAUGAAAUAUUUUAUGGUGCUUAUUUAGAGAGUUUAGGUUUAGUUAGUGAUGGUUUUCAUGCAUUAUUCGAUUGUAUUGGUAUGGGUAUAGCUUUAUUGGCAAUGUUGGUUGGUAAAAGAGGUAUCUCUAAUCAAGAGUAUACCUAUGGUUAUGAUCGUUGGGAAGUUUUAGGUACUUUUUCAAAUGGUUGUUUCCUUUUAUUUGUUUCUUUCUUUUUAUUUUUAGAAUCAAUUGAAAGAUUAUUAGAACCACCUCAUAUUCAUAAUCAUGGUAGAGUUAUGUCAUUAGCAACAAUUAGUUUAAUUAUUAAUAUUGUUGGAGUUUUAUUUUUUAAACAAAAAUCAAAUGAAAGAAAACAACAAUCAUCAAUUAGAAGUGAAAAUCUAUUAACAAUUUCCCAUCAUAUUCUCGUUGAUAGUUGUACAAGUUUAGGUGUAAUUUUAUCUUCUUUAGUUGGUCAAGCUUUUGGAUUAGAAAUUUCAGAUUCAUUAAUUUCAAUUAUUAUUGCAUGUAUUAUAGUUUAUAAUGCUUUACCAAUUUGUAUUAAAACAUCAGCAAUUUUACUUCAAACAACACCAGAUCAAUUGAAAAUUAAUAUAAAUAAUGCAAUCAAAGAUAUUUUAGUUAUGGAAGGUGUUAUAGAUGUUACAGAUAAACAUUUUUGGUCUCAUUCACCUGGUAAUAUUAUUGCAACUGUUAAUUUAUUAACUAAAAAGAAUUGUGAUGAUUUCACUUUAACUCAAUCAAUUAGAAAUAGAUUAUCUUUUGUUCAAGAUUUAACUAUUCAAUUAGAUAAAGAAGGUAAACAUAAUAGUCAUAGUCAUGGUGGUGCUCACCAUCAUCCUCAUGAACAUAAAGAAGAUAAGAAAUCUCAUAAUCAUAGUCAUGGUCAUAAUCAUGGUCAUAGUCAUGGUCAUAGCCAUGGUGGUAAUGAUGACCACGAACAUGGAGAAAAUUGUGAUGAAGAACAUGAACCAGUUCCAAAAUAUCAAGUUCAACCAACUUCACCUUUCUCAAGUCAUUAUACUGAUAUUCAUAGUAAUAAUACUCCAAUUCCUUUAUACAAGAGCGAGCAAGAUGAUGAAGAUGAUGAAGAUGACUAUGAUCACGACGAACAUCACCAUGACCAUGAUCACGACGAACAUCACCAUGGUCAUAGUCAUAAUUCCUCACAUUCCCACGCUCACAAUCAUUAA